CCUCUCUGCCAUUACACAGAUUCAUCUGUGCUCUACCACCCACACUUUCCUCUCACACAACCUCAUUAUCCUUUCACACCGUUUACUGCAGUCUUCUAAACGUCUUCCAUCAUGCAGAUCUUCGUCAAGACGUUGACCGGCAAGACCAUUACCCUUGAGGUUGAAUCGAGCGAUACCAUCGACAACGUCAAGUCUAAGAUCCAGGAUAAGGAGGGUAUUCCUCCUGACCAGCAGCGCUUGAUCUUCGCUGGCAAGCAGCUUGAGGACGGCCGCACUCUAUCCGACUACAACAUCCAGAAGGAGUCUACCCUUCACCUUGUGCUCCGCCUUCGUGGUGGUAUGCAGAUUUUUGUCAAGACCCUCACUGGCAAAACCAUCACUCUCGAGGUUGAGUCAUCCGACACGAUCGACAAUGUCAAGUCCAAGAUUCAGGACAAGGAGGGCAUUCCUCCUGACCAGCAGCGCUUGAUCUUCGCUGGCAAGCAGCUUGAGGAUGGUCGUACCCUUUCCGACUACAACAUUCAGAAGGAGUCUACUCUUCACUUGGUCCUACGUCUGCGUGGUGGUAUGCAGAUUUUCGUCAAGACCCUCACUGGCAAAACCAUCACUCUCGAGGUUGAGUCAUCCGACACGAUCGACAAUGUGAAGAGCAAGAUUCAAGACAAGGAGGGCAUCCCCCCGGACCAACAGCGCCUGAUUUUCGCUGGAAAGCAGUUGGAAGAUGGCCGGACCCUCUCUGAUUACAACAUUCAAAAGGAAUCUACUUUGCACUUGGUGUUGCGUCUCCGUGGUGGUAUGCAAAUCUUUGUUAAGACGCUCACGGGAAAGACGAUCACUUUGGAAGUUGAGUCCUCAGACACGAUUGACAACGUCAAGAGCAAGAUUCAGGAUAAGGAGGGAAUUCCCCCUGACCAGCAGCGUCUCAUCUUUGCUGGUAAGCAGCUGGAGGAUGGUCGUACACUCUCGGACUACAACAUUCAGAAAGAGAGCACACUGCACUUGGUUCUCCGCCUUCGUGGUGGGAACUGAUUCCUUGAUUCUUGCACAGUUUCAGAUUCACAGGUUGACUGGACUGCAUGGCGUUCGGAAGGUUUUUGAUGGCUUUUUAUGACAUGGUUAAUUCGAACAUACCUCUUUGUAUCACCAUUCAAUUGGUGUUCUCUCUUUGCUUCUCAGAAUAUUACAAUCUUCAGAUUAUAAC